CCGUAUUCACAUGUGACACUUUCUAGUGACUCGGAUACUAUCGCUACGCUUGCAUCCUUCGCGUGGGAUGUCGUUUGGAAACCGACGCAGCGUUCCCGACUCCAGGAAAACUUCCUUCGAAAACCUCGAUGUUUGAUUUCGCACGCCAAGGAUACAGCUACAGCCAGACCACAGACGAAGCGAAAGUUGGAAGCAGCUACAUCACUAGCGGGUAUCCAGAUGAAGCAAGGAGUGGUCAUGCUGUCCGUGUAUGCUCCUCGCAUUUCACCGAUAAUGUGUACCUGGAUGAGAACAUCAUGGAAGUGCAACUUGGAUUGACACAAAAAAGGAACGAAUUGAAACUUGACGCCGUUCCGACAGUGUUCCACGAAGAAAGCGAGCCAGCAACUUCGACACUGCAGGCAGUUCGACAGGGUCAAGCGCAAGUGAAGGACCAGGUGCUGCUGAUCAAGUCCCAUCCAUCCAUGAAACGGCAUCAAACAAUGUACGUGUGUGCACGGCAAUUUUGCCGAGAGACCUGGUUUUUACACGAAUGCCUUUACGACGCCUCUGACAAAUUAGGAUCUUCCAGAACAGUGCUUUCUUCAUCCAAGUUCAAGAAGUAAAGAGAAUGACUUCAUGGCUUCUACUGACAUCUCACAGCUACAUGCCAAGACAAAAUAACUUGACAGCAGGAAAUGAAAAGAAAAAAAAAAGGUCCGUUUCAGGUCCACCCAAAUCUUUGUGCAGAGGCUGACAACAACAACGCUAUUGUGAGAUGAUGAAUGAUGCUGAUGCAGCGUUGAGAUUAAGCCCUUGUUUCCUCUUUUGCAGUGCUGUACAUUACUGCUGGUUAAAUGUAAAAUGAUGCACCUACCUCCAGACAUUAAAGGGGCUACCAGAGAUGUAGUGUCAAUUCAACAGAAAA